UCUAAAGUGGGUUAUCAUAGAUUUUCAUAGUUUCUUGAAAUCAUAUUUGCUCUAUUACAAUGAAGUGGUCUCCUCAAGAUGCCAUGGAAGCUUACUUGCAGACUCUUCAAGUGUGUAAAGACCACUACAAUCAAGAUUGCACUGAUCAUGGGGGAGCUACAAAAUGCAUUCAACCCCAAUGCAUGGAGUUCAUAUCAGCUUUGGCAGCAGGAAACCAAGCUAAACUAAUGGUUCAAAUCCUCUCAAAUGAAGGAGUGAACCCAUUAACAAUAGCACUAGCCGUGGCUGCAAAGCAUACCGGAGGUCGAUUCAUCUGCGUUCUUGACCAGCAACAAGACAUGGAAGACUGCAAAGCUCAACUUUCUUGUUAUGAUCUCGAAGACAAGGUUGAGUUCGUCCAUGGAAAUCCUUGUGAGAUUGUCAUGCAGUUUAAGAGCAUUGAUUUUGCUGUUAUUGACUGUAAGUUUGAAGACCACUUGAAAUUAUUCAAGACCAUAGAUGUGAAUCCGAGAGGGUCUAUAGUAUUAGUAAGCAACCUUGUGAGAAGAAGAAAUGGAGUUUCAUUUGGUGAAGUUGUUAGGAGGAAGAAAGGAGUUGAAUAUGUGACUCUUCAUAUAGGACAAGGAAUGGAGUUGACAAGAAUUGGUUUUACUUGCAAGGGUCAUGAGAUUAGGAGGUAUAAGAGAUUUCAUGUCACAUUUGAGAGUUGAACUUUUGUUUACAAACCCUAGCAUUAAUAUUUCGCUUUUUCAGUAAUAUGAGUGUGAGCAAGUCUAUAUUUUGUUUAAAAUCGAAUAAAAGUUGUUAAUUAAUCCUAUGUUUGAUUUUAUAGU